UUCUUUCCGAUUUCAGGCAUUCAAAGAAUGAAGAUCAAUCACACAAUUCUGAAAGAAUUCAUCCUUGUUGGCUUCUCUGUUUACCCACAUGCACAGACAUUCCUCUUUGUGGUUUUCUUCUGCCUCUACCUUCUCACCCUCACAGGGAACCUGGCCAUCAUGUAUCUAACGUGGGUAGACAGGUGUCUCCACACUCCUAUGUACCUCUUCCUUAGUGCACUCUCUUUCUCUGAGACCUGCUACACAUUGACCAUUAUCCCCAAGAUGCUCGCAGAUCUCCUGGCCAAGAACAGGGGCAUUUCAGUCAUAGGAUGUGGCAUGCAGAUGUAUUUCUUCUUGGGAUUUGGUGGCACUCACAGUAUCAUUCUCACUUUGAUGGGUUUUGAUCGCUUCCUUGCCAUCUGCAACCCUCUCAGAUAUCCACUGCUUAUGACCAACGUGGUAUGUGGGCAACUUGUGGCCUCUGCUUGGGUUGCUGGCUUCAUUAUCUCUAUUACUGAGACUGCACUGAUAUUCAGGGGCUCUUUCUGUGGCCCCAACCUUGUCAAACACUUCUUCUGUCACAUGCGGGCAGUGGUGAGGCUGUCCUGUCUAGACAGUGAACUCACUGAGCUCAUUGUAACAGCAAUCUCAGUGUCAGGCUUGACGGGCACCUUCCUGCUCAUCAUCCUCACUUAUGUUUUCAUUCUCUCCGCUGUCCUCAGGAUCCCUUCAGCUGAGGGCAAGCAGAAGGCGUUUUCUACCUGUGCUUCCCACCUCACGGUGGUCAUCAUCCACUUUGGGUUUGCAUCUAUUGUCUAUCUGAAGCCAGGAGCAUCAGGGGGAGAUGACGCAGUCAUAGCAGUCCCUUACACUGUCGUUACUCCUUUCCUCAGCCCUCUCAUUUUCAGCCUCAGGAAUAAGGACAUGAAGAGUGCUUUCAGAAAGGUGCUUGCAAAGACAAGUUCCUUGAAUAAAUAAACUUGGCUUAUUGCUCCA